AGAUAUUCCAAUCAUAAUAUUAUGAUACCGUACUCAUAAUUUUUUUUGAUCCGCAAGUACACUAUUAGCAUGUUAAUUUCUCAAUCAGAGGGAAAUCAGACAACUAAUUUCUAAAAAAAAAUAUUUGCUGUGGAGACGUUUACUUAUCCUGGCGUCUAUUAAAACUUGCCAGUUUUAUUCAAGUUUCAUUCUACUGAUCUUUGAUGUUGAUUUCUCUACUACAAGAUGGACUGAGUUACUUUGAUUAAUUUUGAACUGCAAUGCUGAUUGAAGAAGAUAUUUUUUGAUAUUAUGGAGUUCAUAACAGGAGCUUUGGCAGCUAUUGGAGCUGGAAUCAUCACUAACCCUCUGGAUGUUGUAAAAGUCAGAUUUCAAUUACAAGGCGAAUUGAAAGAAAAAGGUACUCACAGAGUUUAUUACAAACAUUUCUUGCAUGCAUUCUACGUGAUUGGAAGGACAGAGGGCAUUACUGCUUUGCAGAAGGGACUAGGCCCAGCACUAGUGUUUCAAGUAUUACUGAAUGGUACAAGGCUGGGUGUUUACGAGGUGGCUGAAAAAAGGAAACUGAAUCUCAAACCGGAUGGAAGUAUGUCAUUAUUGAAUCUAUUAGGCAUCGGAUCAGUCGCAGGGGUUCUGGGCGCAUGUGCAGGAAGUCCUUUGUAUUUGGUGAAAAUACAUUUACAAUCUCAUGCAGCAGCUAGCAUUGCAGUGGGUUACCAGCACCCGCAUCAGGGAACUCUGGAAGCACUAGCCACCAUACGUCGGCAGUACGGGGUUGCGGGUCUGUGGCGGGGUGUGAGUGGAGCCUGCGUUCGCCUGGUCGUUGCAUCAUGCUCACAACUGUCUGGUUUCUAUUUGACAAGAGAACUGCUAGAAGAUUACAAGGUACUGAGUGCCGAGAAAAGCUUGAUGAAUACGAUUGUAGCCAGUGCAGCCGGUGGUACUUUGACAGCAUUCACAAUGAAUCCAUUCGAUGUGAUAGCUACACGAUUGUACAAUCAAGGGGUGGACAAGAAUGGGAAAGGCCUCCUUUACAAGAACUACUUUGACUGCGUUAGGAAAGUUUUCAAGAUUGAAGGAAUUACUGGGCUCUACAAAGGUGUAAUACCUCAGUUGGCUAGAUGUGGGCCUCAUACUGUUCUGUGCCUUGUUUUCUGGGAUAUUCUCAAGAAUAAUCUAAGUUCGAUUUACCCUGAUUAAUAAAAAAUUUCCCUUAUUCAAA